CCUCGGCCGGGCAUCUACAGAGGCUGCGAUUUCACAUCGGAAACAAAACAGCCGCUGCUCUGGGGGCAACCUCAGCUGCGAGCGGCCGGCGGGAAAGGCGAGGAAAGAGUAGAGGCAUGGAGUGGGUAGCAGACUGCACCCACCUUGAGGCCAAAACAAGUCAGAGGGCCAAGUCCAAUAUCACCGGAGAGGAGAGAUAUAUUCUUCCCGUGAGGAUGCUGGGGGAAGGCGCCUGACUGAAGACCUGGCUAGUCCUGUUGCCUGCCUCUGCUUCCUGCUGAGCUCCAUGUGAAGAGCAGCUCUUCCAGGACCUAAUACGGGAGCCUGCAGGUGACAGCAGCCGUCGAGGUCCUUAGAAAGCUUGGCCUGGAAGAGAACACAUGAAAGAAAGAACCCCAGGAGGCUUUGUUUUCUGUGAAAAAGUAUUUCUAUACAGUGGCUCCAAUGACAGAGUUACCUGCACCCUUGUCCUACUUCCAGAAUGCACAGAUGUCUGAGGACAACCACCUGAGCAAUAGCGUACGUAGUCAGAAUGAGAACAGAGACCGGCAUGAGCACAGUAGCGAAAGGCGGAGGCGUGGCAACCCUGAGCCAUUAUCUAAUGGACGACCCCAGAGUAACUCUAACUCACAGCAGGUGGUGGAGCAAGAUGAAGAAGAAGAUGAGGAGCUGACGCUGAAAUAUGGCGCCAAACAUGUGAUCAUGCUCUUUGUCCCAGUGACUCUCUGUAUGGUGGUGGUUGUGGCUACCAUCAAAUCAGUCAGCUUUUAUACCCGGAAGGAUGGGCAGCUAAUCUAUACCCCAUUCACAGAAGACACCGAUACUGUGGGGCAGAGAGCCCUGCACUCAAUUCUGAAUGCUGCUAUCAUGAUCAGCGUCAUAGUUGUCAUGACUAUUCUCCUGGUGGUUCUGUACAAAUACAGGUGCUAUAAGGUCAUCCAUGCCUGGCUUAUUAUUUCAUCUCUGUUGUUGCUGUUCUUUUUCUCAAUCAUUUACUUGGGGGAAGUGUUUAAAACCUACAACGUUGCCAUGGACUACAUUACUGUUGCACUUCUGAUCUGGAAUUUUGGCGUGGUGGGAAUGAUUGCCAUUCACUGGAAAGGUCCGCUGCGACUCCAGCAGGCAUAUCUCAUUAUGAUCAGUGCCCUCAUGGCCCUCGUAUUUAUCAAGUACCUCCCAGAAUGGACUGCAUGGCUCAUCUUGGCUGUGAUUUCAAUAUACGAUUUAGUGGCUGUUUUGUGUCCAAAAGGUCCACUUCGUUUGCUGGUUGAAACAGCUCAGGAGAGAAAUGAAACUCUCUUUCCCGCUCUUAUUUACUCCUCAACCAUGGUGUGGUUGGUGAAUAUGGCAGAAGGAGACCCAGAGGCCCAAAGGAAGGUAUCCAAAAACUCCAAUUAUAAUGCACAAAGCACAGAAAGUGAGUCACAAGACCCUGUGACAGAGAGUGAUGAUGGCGGCUUCAGUGAAGAGUGGGAAGCCCAGAGGGACAGUCGCCUAGGACCUCACCGCUCUACAACUGAGUCACGCGCUGCUGCACAGGAACUUUCCAGCAGCAUCCUAGCCAGUGAGGACCCAGAGGAAAGGGGAGUAAAGCUUGGGUUAGGAGACUUCAUUUUCUACAGUGUGCUGGUUGGCAAGGCUUCCGCAACAGCCAGUGGGGACUGGAACACAACCAUAGCCUGCUUUGUAGCCAUAUUGAUUGGUUUGUGCCUUACAUUAUUACUCCUCGCCAUUUUCAAGAAAGCAUUGCCAGCUCUUCCAAUUUCUAUCACCUUUGGGCUUGUUUUCUACUUUGCCACAGAUUAUCUUGUGCAGCCUUUUAUGGACCAAUUAGCAUUCCAUCAGUUUUAUGUCUAGCAUCUUUGCAAUUAGAAUCCCAUGGAUUUUUCUCCUUUGACUAUAAUAAAAUCUAGGGAGGACAAAGGUGAUUUUCCUGAGUCCACAUCUAACGAAGUCAAGAUUCCCGGCUGGACUCUUUGCAGCUUCCUUCCGAGUCUUCCUGACCACCUGCGCUAUUGGGCAUCGGGAGGAGGUAUCUACAGAAAAAGGUUUUGAACAUACGUCACUGAGGUGUACUGAGUCCCUCAGUGCAAAAGCUACCACAUUUGAGGGACAAGGAAGAGCGUUGGGCCAAGAAGUUGCCGUGUUCCCACAGUUUGGCCCUUGGUCACAGGUGGAUUUUUACCAACACUGCAGAUCUCAGGACUACCAUUACCAAGAGGUUAAAUGAAGUGGUUCGAACCAAACAGAACUCUUCAUCUUAAACUCCGUGUUGAAAAUCAACCUAAUAACUCUGUAUUGAAUUCUGAGCCUUUUCAGGGGCACUGUAAGGAGAACAGGCGCCAGCAGCAAAAGGGAAAGGUGGAAAGGGGCUCAAACUUGCACUUUCAGACUUUUCUUUGCUGCAGACUUACCCUUUUUAAAUAAGACCUUUUUUCAUCUUGAGUCAAGUCAGAUGUGUAGGUUGAUUUUGACAAUUUUCGUUCUCAAGCACUGAAACUCAUUACCAUCUGUGGUUGCCAUUUCUUCCCAAGGCCAGUCUGACCCUAUUUGAGGUUGCUUUAUCCUAAAAGUCUUAACCUCAGGUUCCAAAUUCAGUAAUUUCUGGAAAUAAUGGAACUAUAACUCAACAAUUCCCUAUCACCCUUAGGUAAAUUUUGGAUUUUCCACAAAAUUCUUAAUUUUCAGACAUACGUGUAGGUUUGCUUGUCCCCAGAUAACUCCUUUGUUCCCCAUCUCUCCCUUCACUCCCGCCAUGAGCAGUUCUCUUAUCCAGCAAAUAAGACAGCUCUGUUGUAGCAGAUGAUCCGGUUAUUCUAAGGUUUACUCUGUGUGGUGCAAAGAAUGUGUUAUGAAUCAGUGCUGUCAGCCUUGCUGUUGUAAUUUCUCAAUAGCAAAUACAACGUGUGCCCAAAGACAGUAGAAUUAAAGAAGAGUAAAACGGCUGGUGAAGCA